CUUUUGAUCAACAGGUCUGUCAUUCAGUCCAGUACAUAGUGUGGUUUCGAUGCCAAUCAUGUGCGUGACUGACAGACUAUGAUUUGUCUCUGGGUUUUCUCUGGGACUGCAGGUUCCUCUCACCGCAAGCGAAUUAUUGAAAAAUGAUUACCACCUGUUGGUCCCGAAAUGAACAAGUUAAAGUUUGUAUUGUUCUCUCAUUCACUCGCUCCUUUAGGCUAGUGUUGUCACCGAUAACCACUUUCAAAAGAGGUCAUUCAACCAGAAUCCCAUAGGCUGUGUUUAUAAUAAGUGUGGACGUUUGUUGUGUAUUAGUUGAUAUAACGAGGAAAUAAAUCAAUGUGUUCAAGGGAACAUAACUGAAAAUAAGGAUAUAAAAGAGAAUCAAGGCGACAAAGCAGAAUGGUUAACUAAUCAACUUGAUAUUCUGUAUGUAUAUGUAACUUAAAACGGUCAAACGACUCGUUUAUUUUCUACAUACUUUUCGCAUUCUUUCAAUUAUCAUUGUGUUUCCGUUAACAAAGGCUAGAGCCAGUUUAACCCCAAUCAGCACAUUGGAUAAACAUUAAGGCAUAGUAAAGGACUUACUGGACAGUACCAAGCCGCAUACUCUCGGCAUUAAUACGGCCCUGUGCAUAACAUUUAUUGUAACUCUCUAUUUCAAAUAUAUACGAUGUCUGCUGAAAAGAAUACACCCUUUAAUGAACAAGUUUGCGUAAAGACUGUCGAAAUGCACACAGCUGGAGAACCGCUAAGAAUAAUAGUUUCUGGAUUUCCUAAAAUAGAAGGCCGAACCAUUCUUGAUCAACGACGAUAUGUUAAAGAACAUUUAGACCAUUACAGAAAACUUACAGUCAAUGAACCGAGGGGACAUUUUGAUAUGUACUGUGCUCUCCUUGUCGAGCCAUCCGUACCAGAAGCAGAUAUUGCCGUUCUGUUUAUGCACAAUGAAGGUUACAGUACUAUGUGUGGCCAUGCUGUAAUUUCUUUAGGCCGGUAUGCCGUGGAUGCAGGUUUGAUAAAGGAACCAACAAUACCAGAAACUAAAGUCAAUAUCCAAUGUCCAUGUGGUUUGGUUACUGCCUAUGUUCAAUAUGAUGGUAAGAAAACUGGAUCUGUAAGAUUUCAUAGUGUUCCUGCUUUUGUCUACAAAACCGAUGUUGAAGUAACUGUAGAACCUUUUGGAAAGAUAAUCGUAGACAUAAGUUAUGGUGGAACUUUUUAUGCUUUCGUUGCGGCUCAUAAACUCUGCUUGAACCUUGAUACAUCAAUGGUCAAAGAUCUGAAUAAAGCUGCAGACGAUAUAUCAGCGGCUGUUAAAAGGGAAAUAAAGAUUGAAUCUCCAGAGAAUAAAGAUUUGGGAUUUUUGUAUGGCACUAUUAUAACUGAUGAUAAUGACAGCUAUAGUCAUAUACCAACAUCUAAUAUCUGUGUUUUUGCCGAUAGACAGGUUGACAGAUCACCAUGUGGAUCAGGAGUAACAGCACGUAUAGCUUUACAAUACCAUAAAGGUUUAAUAGGUCUGAAUCAAACUAGACAGUUUCAAAGUUCUACUACUAAAGCUAUAUUUACAGGAAAGGCUGUUAGAGAAGUUUGUGUUGGACAAUAUAAAGGUGUAGAAGUGGAGGUUUCUGGUAAGGGUUUCUAUAGUGGAAAGUCAGAGUUUACACUUGAAGAAGAUGAUUUCAUUGGUCACGGAUUUAUCAUUAAAUAAAACAAAAAUACA